CUGGCUGUGAAGGGAGCUGCAUAAGAUGGCGGCGGCGGGAGCCGAGGCGGCUGCGGUGGCGGCGGAGGAGGAGAAGCGGCUGCCGGAGGGUGACCCUGAGUCGGGGGGCGACUCCGAGGAUGAGGGAGACUCGGAAUCGUCUGGUGACGGAGAAGAUGAGGAGAAGGAGAAUGAGGCCGAGAUCCAGCGGCUGGAGGAGCAGCUUUCCAUCAAUGCUUUUGACUAUAACUGUCACUUGGAUCUGAUAAAGCUGCUCCGCCAGGAGGGAGAGCUAGUCAAGCUCAGGAGAGCUCGUCAGAAGAUGAGUGAGCUCUUUCCACUUACUGAAGAAAUUUGGCUGGACUGGUUGAAGGAUGAGAUAAAAAUGGCUUCUGAAAGCUCUGAGCGAGAGAAAGUUUAUGAACUGUUUGAGAGAGCUGUGAAAGACUACAUCUGUCCCGAAAUUUGGUUGGAAUAUGCCCAGUAUUCCAUUGGUGGCAUUGGUCAGGAAGGAGGAAUUGAGAAAGUUCGCUCAAUAUUUGAGAGAGCAUUAACUGCAGUUGGACUGCAUGUGACGAAAGGAACAGCUUUAUGGGAAGCGUACCGCGAGUUUGAGAACGCCAUACUGGAAACAGCACAGCCGGCUCCUGGCAGUGUUCCAUCUCCUGAGCAGCAGCAGAUGCUCUGCAGCCAGCUUGAGAAGAUCCACACGCUGUUCAGGCGCCAGCUGGGGAUCCCGUUGUUAGAUAUGGAGGCUUCAUAUGCUGAAUAUGAGGAAUGGUCAGAAGAUCCAAUACCAGAAACAAUAAUAAAGAAUUACAAAAAAGCUCUACAGCAAUUGGAGAAGUGUAAACCAUAUGAAGAGGCACUGCUGGGUGCUGAAACACCAAAGCUAGCAGAAUAUCAAGCUUAUAUUGAUUUUGAAAUGAAAGCAGGUGAUCCAGCUCGCAUUCAGUUGAUCUAUGAGAGGGCUUUGGCUGAGAACUGCCUUGUGCCAGAUCUUUGGGCGCGCUACAACCAAUAUUUGGACCGGCAGCUGAAAGUGAAAGAAUUGGUCUUGUCUGCUCAUGACCGUGCUGUUAGGAACUGUCCCUGGACGGUUGGACUGUGGAUUAGAUAUCUUUUGGCGAUGGAGAGGCAUAGAGUUGAUCACGGCAUUAUUUCUGAAAUGUUUGAAAAAGCUCUGAAUGCAGGUUUUAUUCAGGCAACAGACUAUGUAGAAAUCUGGCAGGCAUAUCUUGAUUACCUAAGAAGGAGGGUGGAUUUUACACAAGACUCAAGUAAAGAACUAGAAGAGCUGCGGUCUGCAUUUGCACGUGCUGUGGAGUACUUGAAACAAGAAGUAGAAGAGAGAUUCAGUGAGAGUGGAGAUCCAUCCUGCACCAUCAUGCAGAACUGGGCAAGAGUUGAGGCCCGCUUAUGUAACAACAUGCAGAAAGCCAGAGAACUCUGGGACAACAUUAUGACUAAAGGAAAUGCCAAAUACGCUAACAUGUGGCUGGAGUAUUACAACCUAGAAAGAGCUCACGGUGAUACUCAGCACUGCAGGAAGGCCUUGCAUCGAGCUGUGCAGUGCACAAGUGACUAUCCAGAGCACGUCUGUGAGGUGCUGCUCACACUGGAGAGAAUAGAAGGAACAUUGGAAGACUGGGAUGCAGCUGUUCAAAAAACAGAAAACAGAUUGGCUCGAGUUAAUGAACAAAGAGCAAAGGCUGCUGAGAAAGAAGCUGCUCUGGCCAAGCAGGAGGAGGAGAAAGCUGAACAACGAAAGCAGGCUCGAGCAGAAAAGAAAGCUUCCAAAAAGGCUAAAAAAACCAGGAUUGGAGACAAACGCAAAGCAGAUGAUGAUGAUGAGGGUGAAUGGGGACAAGAAGAAGAGCAGCCCAGCAAGAGACACAAGGGUGAUGGUGAUGGCGUACUUCCUGAAGAAGACAUGGAGGUGGAAACCGGGCUGUUUGGAAGAAGUGGACCUGAAAAGCCAGAUUGCCCAGCAAACCAGAAGGAAAAGCCAUCUACCAGUCGAAAAGACAUCCCCAAAGUUUUACAUGACAGCAGUAAAGAUAAUGUUACCGUCUUUGUCAGCAACCUUUCCUACAACAUGGCAGAUCCUGAAGUGAAACUGAAAGAGCUCUUUGAGACCUGUGGGGAGGUAGCAGAAAUCCGUCCAGUGUUCAGCAACAAGGGGAUUUUCCGGGGCUACUGCUAUGUAGAAUUCAAGGAAGAAAAAUCUGCUCUCCAAGCUCUUGGCUUGGAUCGUAAAGUUGUGGAGGGAAGACCAAUGUUUGUUUCUCCAUGUGUUGACAAGAACAAGAAUCCAGACUUUAAGGUGUUCAGGUAUAGCACUACACUGGAGAAACAUAAACUGUUUAUAUCUGGUUUGCCAUUUUCCUGCACUAAAGAAGAGCUGGAAGAUGUGUGUAAAGCACAUGGGAAUGUGAAAGACAUUCGGCUGGUCACCAACCGAGCUGGAAAACCCAAGGGCCUGGCCUAUGUGGAAUAUGAAAAUGAAGCUCAGGCCUCACAGGCUGUGCUGAAAAUGGAUGGCUUGACAGUGAAGGAACAUGUCAUCAAGGUGGCGAUCAGUAACCCACCUCUCCGAAAGCUGCCAGACAAGCCUGAGGCAGGCAGAGCCUCGCAAUUUGCGGUACCACGACAGGUUUACGGAGCGCGAGGAAAGGGAAGGACACAGCUUUCAAUGAUGCCUCGUGCGUUACAGCGCCAGAGUAAUCCUGUGGCUAAGGCUGAGAAUGGGAUGGUCCAGAACUCACCAGCAACUUCAUCCGAACCCCUUGAGGAGCCUAAAAAGAUGUCCAAUGCUGAUUUUGCCAAGAUGCUACUGAAAAAGUGAGCAAAAAGUCUGCAAUCAGCGGGUCUGGUAAAAUGUGAAAUGCCUUUAUGGAAGCCAUGUUGUGUCCUUACGCUAGCAAGGAGAGAACGCCAGUCACAAUCGUGUGUAAAUACUGUUCUGGACUACUGCAUUCAUCGAGAUCAGUGUAGGAUGGUACAAAUUCAGGUUUUUCUCCUCUGUUUCUAAGAGCAAAGAGUUAAACUAUGUUCUGGUAAAAUGGUGUUAUAUGAUCCCUCAUAUUGAGGGUAACGAGGGGGGAAAUAUUUCCUGUACAGGUUAGGUGCCACAUCAAGUUUUAAGAAUACUUUAUAAAUAUUUCUCUUUCAUUAAUGAAUGAGAUGCAAUGUGAAAGCCUAGUGAUAACCUUGUCAAGCUCCACUGGUCAGUUCAGAUUGUGAUGCAGUCAUUCUCUCUGAUAAUGAACCCAUUUUACACCCAAACACACGCACGCAGGGACAUUCAUCUCCUUCCAUUAAGAGUUAAAUGGCAGAUGCUAGUAACUUCACCACAAUGGCCUAUUUUAGUAUUGGGAGAGUUUCUAUACAUAUGUGUGUAUAUGUAUAUACACAAAUACACAUAUAUAUGUAUUCAGCAGUUAAUGUUCUGUUCGAGUUGACCUGUUUUUUAUAUUGUGUAUUUGUAAAAGACAUUCAAAUUAUUAUUUUUAAGUGUCAUGAGAUAAUACUUAGAUCUGGUAAUUUUUGUUUCCCAUAAAAGCUGUACAUGUUGUUGCUGAGGACCAUUUUUUUUGUUGUUUUCGCUAGCUAGCUCUCAUGUCUUUUGCAGGUGGUUUCUGUAUGGUUUUGUACAAAUGUGAAGUGCAAGCUGAUGUUUCUUGGUUUAUUAAACUCAAGUUCUCAAAGGUUUUCUAUAAAUACUGUUGCUUUUGUUUAAAUGUGGGUGUUGGAACUGCACUUAACCUAUGGCAGCUGGGUAAUACGGAUGUACCUCGCCUCUCAGGUGCACUGAGAUACAUGGUGUCACUUGCAUACCUUUAAGUAGCUCAUUCCAUCUAGUACGAAUAUCCUGGAACCACUUCAGUAAUCACCUCAGACUUUAAAAUAAUCUGGUAUGUGAUCUUGGACAGAAAUAUUACUGCUUGUCUGACUAAAACUGACGCUAACUCUAGAAGUCAACACAUGCAGGGGCUGAAUGUGAGGGGAGACACCAGUACCAAGUUCACUUGUACAACACAAGUACUGCUGCAAAUAAACACUAUUUUCAGUGCUUACAUUCUGUGCUAACUUGACUUGGCUUUACUUUGAAAUGAUUGAAGCAUGUAACAUUGGCAGCUGUGGUGAUACAGCAAGGGAGCAAGUUCUGUUGGUGCUUUGUCACUGUAUGGUGUGCAGCCUCUUUGGCUAGCCAUCCAGUAUUAUCCUGAUGAUACAGUGGGAUUGUAUCUCAAAAUCAGCUUAGAAACAUUCUAAUAACACUUCAAUAAGAAGCUUUGAUUCGUGAGGUGGGAAUGCUAAGGCUGGCACAUAAGUUUCCUUUGGCUGCUGGGUUGGACUUGCUGCUUUGGAACCUUCUGUAGCACCUCAUGCUGCAGUACAGUUGCAGGCAGCUGAAGGAGCCAGGAUGUGCACUGUGUAACUUGCUACUCCACAAACUGAGCUAUGACCCCUUUUUAGUUCACUGCAGCAGAAGAAUGUUUUGAGAACAGCCUAUUCCAAACAAAGACUUUUAAUAUUAAAAUAGUUUAUUAAUCUGUUACUAAAAUAACAUUUCCCCCCCCCGAGCUCUAAAGUGCAGAUUUUAUUUAUAUUCACCUUGCACUACAAAAAUAAGCACACUUUGUAAGGACAGAACAACCUUCCUCAUUUAUUGUUUGCUUUCCCUGUCAGCAGUAAUUGGUACAUAAGCAUGGAGUGGUGCUGUAGCAUAUAGAGAACUCCUGGUCUUGUCCUAUUGUCUGCUUGUAUAAAAUAUGUCCUAGCUACCUUGCAAGUAAGAGAGAGUUAGAAGGGAAGAAACUUAACACUGGCCUGGGACAGUCUAAUAGCUUAUGCUGUUUUGCAAAGGGUUUAAACUUCACAGCACGCUAAACUGGAAUGGAAGUUUUCUGACCUUAGAGAUGUUUGUUGGGAUCAAUUAUGCUGUUGCACAACUGCCAAGCAGGGGUGUAGGGAGCUAUUCUUCUAUGUUAGGCUGCAGGUGCUUUUACCUUAAAAACAAAGAUAAGUAUGCUGCUUUGAAUUGCACAGCAGCUUUCAGGUACUACACUUAACUGCCACUGCAGCACAAAGAGGCUUCAUGGGAUUCUUGAUGCAUUUAUCACAGUAAUAACAUGACCUAGUAAUUAAUUGUGAAAAGUUCUCUUGUGUAGAUUGAAGAAACUGAAGUUUUUGGUAACAUAUUCUUACCAAAAUGGCACAAUUGAUAAAUAAUAAAUUGAUAAUUGUCUCAUAGUUAUGUAUAAGAACCUUUUCUGCCUACAGCUUUGCAGAAGCAAGCUCUUUUCAAACCCUGAACUGAAAUGUAUAAGGACAGUUGCGGUUUCCCAGGGCUUCCUGGGCUCUGAGGCAAAGCCUCAGUGCUAGGUAGUCCUUCUGUCUGAAGUACAGCAAAAGCACCCCGCAGUUCAGUGAAUAAGAAGUUCAUUUCUUCUCUUGUUCAGUCACAUCAUCUGUAAUCUUAAACCAAAUACUUCCCACUUGUUCUACAAAACUCACCCUAAGAAAGGCAACUGAAACUAAACAUGCACAGUGCUACUGAAAACAGAAGUGGGAGGGGAGAGAUGCCUUUGCUGAACUGGAGUUUAGCCUCCUUCCU